GGCAGCGUGGGGGGGAGACGAGAGGGGGGGCUCCUCAAAAACGCCACCGCCGCGCGCGCCCUAAACCCCAGCAACCUCGAGGGGGGCGCGGCCUCUCAUCUCCCCGGCCGACGACGACGACGACGGCGCCGCCGCUUCGCUCCGGCCGCCGCCACACAGCCGCCCGUGCGCCGACCCCUCGGAAACGGGGGUUCCGGUGCUUUUACCAAGAUGACUAAAAUUACAAGGAGCAAGAGAGAUUCAUCUCGUCAGCUCAGAUCACAUUGUCAGAGACCCUUCAGCCAAUGCAAUUUCAAGAGAGUUGCUAAUCAGGAGUCAGCGUUGCAAGCAACAGAGAAAUAUGCAUGGAAAGAUGCAAUCUGCCCAGUUUGCUUGGAAUGCCCACACAAUGCUGUCCUUCUACUCUGUUCAUCUCAUGAUAAAGGUUGCCGUCCAUAUAUAUGUGCAACAAAUUUCCACCACUCAAACUGUCUUGAUCAGCUUAUAGAUUCGCACAGUAGCUCAAAAGACUGUGAGGACCUAGGCUCCAUAGAGCUUAGAUGCCCUCUUUGUCGUGGCGAGGUUAAGGGAUAUACAUUGGUUGAACCUGCUCGGGAACAGUUGAACCAAAACAAGAGGUGCUGUAUGCAAGAUGGUUGCUCAUACAUGGGUAGCUACGGGGAGCUUUGCAAGCAUGUAAGAAAGAAGCAUCCUUCUGUGAAGCCUCGUUCUGUGGACCCUGUACAUACUUACAGAUGGAGGCGGCUUUUAUUCCGGAGUUCACUGCAAGAUAGGAUCUGUGCAACGAGUUCACCAAUGGUGCGAAGGGUUUUGUAUGCUAUGUUGCAGUUUGAGGAAUUGCUGGCAUCCUUUUGGAAUGAAGGUGAUCAUGGUGCUAUGCAAAUCAAUGAAAUGAACUUAGCUGAUCCAUGAUCUCUCAACCUCGCUGAAAUGUGAGAAUAUCUUAUGCUGUUCUCGCAAUGAAUCAGUGAUUUGAGCCCUGCUGAUCCAUCAUGUGUGACCUGACGUUUUCUGUUCUGAGGGGAUAUUUAUCGCCAUCUUCAGAAGAAACAGAAUCUAUCCUAUGCUAUUAUGAAUCCUGACCAAACUGUUGGUGUAAUGGCGUUGAAGGGUGUUGUUGAUACUUCAUUUUAGCCCCCUUUUGUGUUCUGUGAUGCAUUGUUCUUGUGCAUCCCUUUUGCACUGUGUGACAUUACAUUUUCUUCGGAAAUGCAAGUUCAAUUGCCUCCCCA